ACCGUUGACUUCAAAAACAGAGACCAGUGUUUUUUGUUAAAUAUUACUUCAUGAGAAUAUGUCGAACGGAAUACCUCUAUCGAAGAUUCCUACGCGACCAAAUGAAAAGAAAGAACCAAAAAUAUCCAAGACGGUUGCCGUUUUAAGAAGUUCAAUUAAAGACUCCAACUCCGUAUCGUCCCACAAACAGAAAGGCAAAGAGAAUAAGGAUCAGGCAGAAAAUAAAAAAUCGGAAAGGCAAGUCGCGUCGAUUCAACAUCAACCAUCGACUAGCAGUGCUGUACCAGAAAAGCAAGAGGACGAUAAAACGCGUAAAUGGACGCUGACCGAUUUCGAUAUAGGAAAACCAUUGGGCAAGGGAAAAUUCGGAAAUGUUUAUUUGGCCAGAGAGAAACGCAGUAAAUGCGUAAUCGCUAUUAAAGUGCUGUUUAAGAGCAGCAUUAUGGAAUCUAACAUUGAACACCAGGUUAGGAGAGAAGUUGAAAUCCAAACUCAUCUCAGACAUCCAAAUAUACUGAGGAUGUAUGGAUACUUUCACGAUGAAUCUAGGCUGUAUUUUAUUUUGGAAUAUGCUCCAAAUGGGACCGUGUUUGCGGCAUUAAAUAAAAGCCCCAACAAACGUUUCUCAGAGGAACUGUCCGCCCGAUAUAUUGCUCAAGUUGCAGGGGCUCUUUUAUACUGCCAUGGUAAAAAAGUGAUUCAUAGGGACAUUAAACCAGAAAAUUUACUGCUUGGAGCAAAAGGAGAAAUAAAAAUUGCUGAUUUUGGUUGGUCAGUUCACGCUCCUUCUUCGAGGAGAACCACCGUCUGCGGUACAAUAGAUUACUUGCCACCCGAAAUGAUUCGUGGUCAGCCGCAUGACGAAAAAGUCGACCUGUGGAGUUUGGGGGUUUUAUGUUACGAAUUUAUCACAGGAAAGGCCCCGUUUGAAGCGAAGAAUUACGACGAAACGUUUAGGAAAAUUUGCAAACAGGUAUUCAUUUGUCCCCCAUUUCUUUCAUACGGAGCCAAAGACUUAAUUAAAAGGCUGCUCAUAGUAGAUCCUAGCAAGCGAUUAGAAUUAACGGAAGUACUUAAACAUCCUUGGAUCGUCCAGCACGUUAAAAUUAGUGAAAAUUAGUGAAAUUAAGUUAAUGUUGAUUAUAUUUGCU